AUGCCGAAGGCAAAGAAGAUCCGUUCGAAUGCCCUUGUGUCUCAGCAAGUGAGACAUGAACCUCUUGGACAGGUGAUUGAAGGUGACGAAAUGCGUGGAAAAUAUGCAGCUCCGAGCCGUGGAAGGCGCAAGACAAAGAGUGGAAAAGAUGAGGAGGAAUUCUUGGAUGAGAAAACAAGCAAAAGAAUCUUGGAUAUGACGAGAGAUCAACAGAAUACAAUGGAAAUGGAAGAGCGUGCAAGAAGGCAAAAAAUGAUGCAACAUCAGCAAGCAGGUGUGGUAGACAGUGACGAAGAGUAUGAAGAUGAAGAAGAAAUUAUUAUUGACGAAGAAGACUAUAUUGAAAACGAUCAAGGGUACAUUGACAUCAGAGACGGGGCUCUCGGUUUGUCGGCUGAAGACGAGGCAAUUGUUGCAGCGAUGAACCGAAAUAAUGUUGUCGAAGAAAGAAAGACUUUGGCGGAUAUCAUCAUGGGAAAGAUUGCCGAAAAGGAAGCUGAACAAAAGGGGAAAGUUGCGGUUGACGAAGAAGAAGGCUUACCUCCAUUGCCUGACAAGGUUGUUGACGUGUACACCGAUAUUGGAAAGAUCCUAAGCAGAUAUACAUCCGGCAAGCUUCCAAAGGCAUUCAAGGUUAUCCCGUCUUUGAGUAACUGGGAGCAAGUUCUUUAUCUGACGCGACCAGAUCAAUGGACACCACAGGCCAUGUACGCAGCAACUCGCAUUUUCGCUUCCAAUCUAAACCCAAAGAUGGCCCAGCGAUUCUACAAUUUAGUUCUUUUGGAUUCAGUCAGAGCCGACAUCUACAGCCAAAAGAAACUCAACUAUCACUACUACAUCUCGCUGAAGAAGGCAGUUUACAAGCCCGCAGCAUUCUUUAAGGGCAUUCUACUCCCUCUUUGUAAGGAAGAGUGCACACUGAGAGAGGCAGCUAUCGUGGCAUCCGUGUUGCAGAGAGUCUCCAUUCCAGUUCAUCAUUCGGCUGUUGCCAUCCACAAACUGGCACAAAUUUCGGAAUACAACGGUGCUGCCUCAAUUUUUAUCAAGACGCUAUUGAACAAAAAGUACUCGCUACCCGCUCCUGUCAUUUCGGGCUUGGUCCGUCACUUCGCUUCCUUCUUGGAAGACGACCGCACAUUGCCGGUGCUUUGGCACCAAGCCUUGUUGACAUUCUGUCAAAGAUAUAAAAAUGAAGUCAAGGACGAGGCACGAGAAGCCUUGAAAGUAGUCAUGAAAAAGCACUUUCACCCCAAGAUUACGCCAGAAAUCCGUAGAGAGCUUUUCGGUGCACAAGCGUGGAAGGAUGAAAGGAGCGUAGCAACAAAGGACCAGAUGGUGCUUUAA